AUGUCUGACCGAAUCAUACGAGCCGUCAACGAAAUGCUGGCCGUGUUCUCCCGUGGAUUCCUGAUCAGCUCACUAGCGACCCUGUUCGGAGUCAUCGAGCAGCUGCUGAUCCACUCCAGCGAGAACGAGGAGUACCUCGGCCUGAUCUGCCGGAUCGUCGCCAUGUUCGGACUGCCACUGUGGAAAGAGCGCGAGUCAACCAGCAGCGACGACUGGCAGUACGUGGUCGAGACGGGCAACGUGCUGGGCUGCCUGCUGAAGGAAUGCGUCGAGCCGCGGGUGCGGCUGGAGGUGUGCCGAGCCCUCGGCGUCAUCAUCCCAGGCAGGCCUGAGCGGCUCUGCGCCGAGGAGUUCCGUUUCAAGGCCCUCGGCCGCGACGAGUUCCUGCUGGCGGUGGAGGAGAGCAACAUCGGCGACUCGCUUAUGGAGACGAUGCGCACCGUCGACGAGGAGGGCCUCUACAUGGAGAUGUUGAAGGUGGUGCUAGCGCUGUGCUACCGCUCGACGCGCUGCUGCCAGAACAUGGUGACGGCGGCGCUGCCGCACGUCAUCACGCAGCGCAUGCUCUGGACGGACGACGUGCUCUUCAUCACAGCCGAAAUCCUGAUCCAGAUGAUGGAGAGCGGCCCGCAGGAGGCCAUGCUCGACCAGCUGACGUGCCGCCUGUGCGUGAGCACGCUCCGCUCGGCGCUGCACCACCAGCUGCGCUCCGUCCAGUCCGUCGUCAACCGGCAGCUGCGCAACGACAUCCUGACGCUGGCCGUGUACGUGACGGGGCUGGCGGCCGACCUGCUCCACCUGGCCGUCUACACCGAGCUCAAGUCUGACCGUAACCCGUUCAGCUACCUACAGCUUCUCACGUCCAGCGAGGACUUCGAGAUGAAGAAGCUGCUGCUGGUGCUUCCCGCGCUGCUGCUGAACACGACGGUGACUAUUUCGAUGCUGAGCGAGCACCAGGUGAUGUUGUCACUGCUGAUGCUGAUAUCCAGGGACCUUCGGCCGUCGUUCGCCUACACCAGCGCCGUAGCGUGGACGGAGCCGCAGUUCCGCGAGCUGCAGCUCCUCCCAGAGGAGGCCCUCAAGUACAGGGCGGGCACGCGGCUCCUGCUCUACCUCAACAGCUACCUUGAGGGCUGUCCGACUGUCACCGUGCAGCACCUCGAGGCCUGCAUGCAGGCGCUCCACAACUCAGCCUCGAGCGGCGAGCUUAGCCUGCUGACCGACCUGGCCGACCAGGACGCCGUCACCAUCAUGACCAAGUUCUUGCGCCAUGAGCGCGUCGCUGGCCUCGCCGACGGACCUCACCGCAUGGCGUAUGUCUCGCUGGCCAGCGAGUGCCUCUCCAUCCUGUCGUACCUCUGCGACGAGGACCCGCACCGUAAGAGUCUGUUCGGCAGCCGAGGCGUGGAGGCGGUGCUGUCCACACUGCUGAAGAUGACGCAGCAGCGCUGCCAGCUCGGGCCGCGCUAUCACACGGUCAUCAUCAACGCCAUGGACGCCAUCUGGUCGUGCGUGUCGGGCUGCGCGACUAACGAGCAGGAGUUCCUACUGCGCGGCGGCUGCGACACGCUGUUGAAUCUGGCCGACGCCGAGGGACCGGGCCCGCUGAAGCUGCAGGCACUCGGCUGCCUGCUGCGCCUCUGCGACAAGAGCCCGCUGCUGAUGGCGCUCUGGCGCCGGGAGGAGGAACAGCUCGGCUGCCAAACGGACGCCGACGGCAUCAUCGUCGAUUUGGAAAGCCCGCUGCGCGGCGUCCAUCAGAAUCUGGAGCCGUUCAGCGACGACCCCGAGCCGGUGGCUGUCACGGAGAUGGUCGGCAAGAUGCGGCCCAAGAUCUUCGGCAUCAUCGAGCACCUGAAGCUUGUCAAGAGCGACGACGGCCCGUUCGUGGCCGAGCUACUCAACAUCGACGUGCACGACCAGGUGACGAUGGCACUGGUGGAGAACUACCUGGACUUGAAGGAGGGCGAGGUGUGCACCGAGCUGCGCGCGCAGAUCGCAAGCCAGGGCAUCCAGCCGGUGUACGCCGAUCGGCUGCUGCUGGAGGACCUGCACGUGAUCGGCCGCGAGAAGAGCUGCGCCGCGCAGAGCCUGCAGACGGACCUGCGCAGCGCCGCGCACCAGCGCGACGUGGCUGAAGAGCGGGGUUUCUUCGACCGGCUGAAACGGCUCGAAAUGCAGGAGCUGCUGGCCGUGCGGCGUGUGUCAGAGUACAUCGCGCGCACCAGCUGCCACGGCGUGCUGGCGCAGGCCAAACAGCGCCAGGUGAAGGAGGUGCGGGACUCGACGCUCCACCAGACGCCCGGCAAGUACUACCGCACGCUGCAGGAGUGCACCUGCGUCACCGUCUUCUGCGGCCGCAACGCCCGAUAUCACGCUCACGCCACGCGACGGCAGGUUUAA